AGAGGUCUCUGGAGAGUAAACCGCCUCACUUGCACCUGCGCUGUUCACCCAGCAGGGCGGACACAGGUUCAAAGGGUGACAGGUGACGCUUGCUCCGGUCAUCAUGGCCUACCCGGGAUAUGGAGGAGGGUUUGGAAAUUUUAGGGGUCAGAUGCCUGCAAUGCAGAUGGGACAGCCAGUGCCAGGCCUAGGGCCACAUGGGCUCCCUGGUGAAUACUCCGGAUACUCAGCUUAUUCGGACAGUUAUCAUUCAGCGGGGGACCCCAUGUGGACAUACUUCACUGCUGUUGCAGGACAGGAUGGUGAAGUGGACGCAGAAGAACUUCAGAAGUGUUUGACACAGUCUGGAAUUAGUGGGACUUACUCUCCCUUCAGUUUGGAAACCUGCAGAAUUAUGAUUGCCAUGUUGGAUAGAGAUUACACAGGAAAAAUGGGAUUUAAUGAAUUUAAAGAACUUUGGACAGCUCUUAAUGCCUGGAAACAAAACUUCAUAACUAUUGAUCAAGACCAAAGUGGCACAGUAGAACAUCAUGAAUUGAAUCAAGCCAUUGCUGCUAUGGGUUACAGAUUGAGUCCUCAAACAUUAACUACUAUUAUUAAACGUUAUAGCAAGAAUGGCAGAAUCUAUUUUGAUGAUUAUGUUGCUUGCUGUGUGAAGCUUCGAGCUUUGACAGAUUUCUUUAGGAGAAGAGACCACUUGCAACAAGGGGUUGUGAAUUUUGUGUACGAUGAUUUUUUGCAGGGCACUAUGGCAAUUUGAAUGCCAAGAAUUUGAAAGCCAAAGGAAUACUGUGAAUUUUUCUGCUUGGAAGAAAUGAACUGGACUACUUUGAAUUAAAGCUUUUGGGGCAUUUCCAUGUUUCUACCUGUUAAAUCUCUUUCCUUUAUAUUAGAUACCUAAUAUAUAUAAUAUAUAAUAUGUUUUUAUUUUAGCAUACAGUUCAAAGAAGCAAGAAAAGAAAUGUGUCGUAUUUGGAAUGUUGUUGCUUGUAGAGAGGUUAUCACUUUACAGAUAUCUGCAUAAUGUCAUCAAAUAUUAGUAUAUGAUUAAUUGAAAUAAAUAUCUCUUAACCUUAAUUUUUAACAAUAUAAACCUAGAGCAAUGUAUUUAUAAGAUAGAUUAUAUAAGAAGCAAAAUGAUGAAAGUCUAGAUAAAAUGUAUUUAUACUUAUCUGAAGGUUACAAAUUUUACCUUUUAACUUUUGUUUGUAAUUGUUGGUGUUGGAGGGUGAGCUAGAAGGAUGAUCUCGGAUUUUGUGCCAUAUCCAUAAUAGGGUUUGUUCUUGUUCACAUAAUCAAAGAACAGAAGCUUACUUGUUUUUAACUGUGAAGAAGAAAUUAUAGUUCCAAAAAUUGUAUCUUAAUUGCCUUUGGUGGACCAUAAGAUACGGUGAAAUAAGACUGUAAGAGACAUCAUUUUUCCUUUUUUAUUUUUUACAUUGUCUAUUUUUCUUUAGUAUGUUUUGUUGUCUUCUAUGAAAAACAAGUUCUUAAUAAACAACUUUUCUCUCUGCUCUUCUUUCAUUAGUGAAGACAUUGAUAACCUAAAAUGACAUCUUUUUCUAAAUCUCAAUUUUCUGGAAAUGACAUUUUUAACCACAUGUCAGUAUGUAAAUUUCUGUUAAACUUAAUUGAUGUUUAUCCAUACUGCCAACUGUUUACAAGGUUAAAAAAUCAAGUAAUAUACCACUUUGUUUAAAUGUGCAGAACUUAUAAAUUUGACUUUCUUGACAACAUUAGCUGGUGGUUUUGGCAUUAGUAAACUGAUAAGUUUUUUGAGCCCAUCUGUGUAGUGUGGGGUGCGGAGCGUGAUAGGCACUCCAGUGACAUUUCUGUGGGGGUACGACCAAGGAAAUUUCAAAGUGGAGUCAUCAGGUCCUUAGAAUUUUGAUCCCUGGUAUAACUUGUUAUAAUUAAUCCAGCCUCCUUUUUGGCAAACACUGUAUGUCUUUGUUAAUGAAGAUUUAAUAAACCACAUGUUUUUCUUUUUCUUUAACGGAAUAUCUUCCCCCAGCUUAAAGAUGAAUACAGUCAUCCCCCCUUACCUAGAGGGAUAUGUUCCAGGACCUUCAGUGGAUGCUUGAAUCCGUGGAUAGUACCUAACUCUAUGUGUACUGUUUUUUUUCCUAUACACACUUACCUAUGAUAAGGUUUAAUUUAUAAAUUAGGCACAGUAAGUGAUUAACAACAGUAAUAAUAAAAUAGGACAUUAUAAUAAUGUACUGUAAUACGUUAUGUGAAUGUGGUCUCUCGAUGUAAUCUUAUCUGUACUACACAUGCAGCGUAGGUAUGUCAGACAAAGGGAAGAUUUGCCUCCCGGGAGAGAUGGGAGUAGGAUGGCUCAAAAUUUCAUCACACUACUCAGAACAGCAUGCAGUUUAAAACUUAAUGAAUUGUUUAUUUCUGGAAUUUUCCAUUUACUAUUUUCAGACCACAGGUUGACCUCAGGUAACUGAAAUCAGGGAUGUGGGGCACUCCUGUACUAAUUGAUGUAAUUGUAGUUUGGUGACCAAAUCAGUGCAUGUAAUUUUAUAAAACUGUGUGUUUCUUACAAAAUGGAAGAUGAAUAGCAAUAUCUUGAAAAACAACUUAUACACUUAACAGAAUUUGAAAAUCAACUUUCACUUUUAAAAAUUCUGGAAAGAAAGUAGUUAUAGUUAUUUAAUAUUGAUAAUUUUAUAUAAUUAGCUAUCAAAUUCUUUUGGUCAGUUUUAUAAAAAAAAUAUGUGAAUAAAUAAUCCAUAUAAUUUUGUCCUCUGGAUGUUAAUUUUUUUCCUUGCUCGUAUAUUUGAUAAUAUGAGAGAGUGUUAACUGAGCCAUAAAAAAAUACAGAAUUCUAAAUAGAAGUAUUGUAGGAUAAAGCUAAUGUAAACACACUGUGUAUCAUUCACACUGAAACCUUGAAUAAGGGUGAUAAUAUGAUUCAGCAGCCUGGACUCUUAAAAUCCAGCUUAUAGGUGGUUGAGUUACUUAACUGUUCUCAGGUCAAUUAUAAUUUUACUUACUUGGAGGCUCAUAGUUGAGGUAAAACUUUAAAAAUGGCAUAUGGUAUUUUUCAUAGAAGUUUCUGCCAAAUGACACAUUGUAUUAGAACUCUUGACACAGUCCUCUAACUCAUCCAUUUCCAAAGGUCUUCCUGUGACUUGGUCACAGGCGGUCUGUGGGAAUGAGUUUCCAUGACCAGAGGUAGUUGGGGAAUUCUCCUCAGGGAACUUAAGCCCAAGGUAUAUAAGAUCUUGUUAAUUUUAUUUGACCCAGUUUUUUUCCACACUUUUGGACACAGCACCCCUUUUUCUAGCAAAAAUAAUGUUCCAACCAAUUCAACUUUAUGGUCAGACAAUUCUUUUGCACUGUACAUAAUCUUAUAAAAACAGGCAUAGAGAAUAUUUUACUGGGAUUUUUAUACAGAAAUACAGUUUACUCUUGCUAUGUUUUAAGAUAAUUGAUGUAAACAGGCAUUCAUCCCUAACGUAAAAAUUAAAAUGUUUCAUGAUGAACAUGACUGGAAUAUUAAUAUAGUAUGGUUGUUUGUAUUGCUUAAUUCAUGACCAGUUUUCUUAUGUUGUAAAUCAUUGAAUAAUGUACACACUUAAUGUCUAAGUGCUUUUAUUUAUACAGUAAACAUUUCCAUUUCAUUUUGAGAAUUUUUUAAUAAACAUUCAAAUAGCUUGCUGUAAAGUUUUUUUAUCAUACAAAAUCUGUUGUAACAUGUAUAUUAUGAGAUGCUUCAGUUCAAAUAACAGUACAGUAAUUCACCUAUACCUAAAAAAAAUGCCAAAUAAUUAAAUGUUAGGUAUUGCACUUCUAAUUCGAGUGCCAAUUUACACGUUUUAAAUUACAUCAAGGGAAACCAAUACUAUUAGGAUCUUAAUUUGGUCCACUUUAAAUGUUAUUUCAAGGACUGUGCUCAUUUGAUCUAAGUAAGCAUGCAUUCAGAAACAAAAGGUAAAACAAUGUCAAGUGAUAUGUUUAUUUCCAGGAAAGACAUUUACCUUGGAAGAAACUAGAAUUUAUUAAUAUAGUUUAAACUCUGCAAUUAAAAACAUCAAUUUGUGAUUAUUUCUGUAAGUGAAAUAUACAAAUCAAGUUCACUUGUAAUCUUAUGGCAUUACUAAACUGAACAAACAAAAUAAAUAUUGUUUGUCAGAAAUGUGCUUUUCUUUGUCCUUUCAUGUUUGACAGCCUCAUAGAUGAUAUGUUUUCUCUUAUUUGUAGCAGUUUUCUGGGAAAUUAAGAAUAAGUUUGUGAAAAUCUGGUAAAUUUAGUAAGUAAAAUCCAAGGCUGCUUUUACGGUAGCAUAUAUGUUUUUUAACUUUAUAAUGUAACCAUGGAUGUUUUAUUACUUUGGAACUUGUAUUAAAAGAUUACAUUUUUUUUGGUUUUAAUUCAGUCAUUUACAUAAUAAAUUAAGCACUUUGAAUUAAACGUACAAUGCUGAGGUACCAUCAAAGAGUAUGGCUAGACUUCAUAAUAAUAGAUGAUGCCGAAAAAUAAACAUUUUGAACUUCUGUUAUUAUAGUGAUGAAUGCAGAAAGAAUUUCAAAUGACGACUUCAGAUAAUAUGUGGUCUAGAAUGUCAUAACAUCACAUAUGUACAUAUAUUAAAAUUGUCUUGUAAUUUAGAAUACUGAGCACAAAACUAUGUUCCAGCAAAACACUGGGAAACUUACGAAAAAUGUCUGGCUGACUUACUAUCACCUUAUUAUUAGAAUACUGGGAAAUCUGUGCUUUUAAUUGUUUCCUGCCAUGUCUUUUUCUACUUGUUCUUAAAAAAAUCAUUUUACUUGAAUAUAAAGAAGAGUCUUAUAUUACUUAAUAUUCCUUUUACCCAAGUAGUUUGGUACUAUGUAGCUUUGUGUAUUACUUUGUGAGCAUUCAAAACUCAGAUGUGCUUCUGUAUAUCCGAAUAGAUAGUAGACGUUGUCAGCACUUCUAUUAAUACAUAACGAGGAUGUGCCAUAGAGUUAGAGAUUGAGGAGAAUCCUUGCCUGUGUGCUACUUACUGUUUUAAGGUGGACCUCUUCUGCACCAUCAGCGAUGGUGGCAAUUUGAAAAGCUUACAGGGAAUGAGAAGAAUUGGACUAGGUCAUCAUUUAAUGAUUAUGCCAGUAAAUAGUACCUUCUUCUAACAUUGCAUUUGUGUGUGUGGGGGGGGACGGGUACCAACCUUUUAAGAUAAAAAUAUAAAUAUGUACUUUAUAGGUACAUGCAUACAGUCAUUUGCAUCUUAGUUGACUGUGUUUAAUCACAUUUUAUCUUGCUAUGGUUACUGAAAUUUCAAAGGAAAACUUGGACAGUGCUAGUCUGAGUGUUCCAGAAACACUAAAGAUAACAUUCUUUAAAAAAUGAUAAGCCAAAAAAAAACAACAAAAAAUGAUAAGCCGUAUAAAAAUGAUUGUAGAAUUAACUGAAUUUUUGGGUGCAUGUUUCAUUUCCCAGAACUAUUUAAAUGCAAUAACCCCAAUUUAUCUUAUUACGAGAGACUUCACAUUUUCUAAUCAGCCUCACUUAUAGAUACCAAUACAGUGCUUUCUGCUAAUCUGUUUAGUUUUCAUUUAUUAAACAGGGAAAUGUUCUUUUGAUUUUUGUUUUAAACUUUAAAAAGGAAUAGUUGGGAAUCUAAACCACUAAACAGUCCUUAGCUUAGAAAAUUUCUGCAUCACGACCAACAAAUUUUAUUUAAAAGUUUUCUUUGAAGAUAAUUUGACUUUUUUCUUAAUAGAUUAAUGAUUCUGGCAGAAAUUAAGUAUGUAUGCAACAGGCAAAUGAAACUAUUGUUUGGAUAUAUUCUUGAAAAAAAAAGAAUCAAGCGUACAUUAUAAAAAUUUUGUUUCUCAUGUAAGUUAAAGCCGGUUUAGUCAUCAGAAAUUUUAAAUAAUAAAUGUUUUAAUAAUAAUUUUGUUCUUGAUAGGCAAUAACAAAAGGAAAAUGUUUUGUUUCUUUCAUUUUCGAUUUAAUGUUUUUUACUACUCAGUCCAGCUUACUAGUGUUCUAGUGGAACUUAGUAAAACCAUAGCAGCACUGUUACAAUUGUGUGAUUUUGUGAACUACAUCAGCACCACCAUGCUUAUAUCUAGCACUGUACAUACCUAGUAAAAUGCUGGAAAUAGUUGGCUUCUCUAAUAAAAGUAUCCUAACUAGCUAUUGAGAUUACUUUCUUUUUCCCCAAAAUAAUUUCUUUUACAAAUUCUUGAGUUUUCAUGUAUAAAUAGAUGAGAAAUUAUAUGCUUCAUUCUUAAAUUAUGUAUAUAUGCUAUAUUUUCAAUACAACUUGUACACUUUUAGCUACCAAAAAUUUGCAAUCAUUUUUACAUGAAAUUUACAGUUUUCUUAUUUACAGUUAUUUGUAGAAGGUUAUUGCAAAACUAGUUGUGCAAGUAGAUUACACUGUCAGUACCACAUACCAAUCUUUGAAGAAAAUAUUUGCUGAAAAAUAAAUAUUUCUGCACAGAGCAUUUCAAAAGCAUCAUGAUUUCAUGCUACAUUAUGUCAUAAAGACUAGGAAAUAUGUGUUUUAGUAGAUUGUUUCAUUAUGGUUAAAGCAUUCCAAGGUACUUACUACUUAACCAUGUGAGCGAGCUUCUGUCUAUCAGAUGACUGGUAUUUUCAAGUGAUUACACACAUUAUUUUUUUGAAAUUAUUCUUUAACUGGCAAACAUUCUGUUACACAUUUUACUAUCAACAAUAUAGAAUGCAGAUUUCAGCUGAAAAGGUAAUGAGCCUUUAAUUAAAAUCAGUAGGUGCCUAGGAGAUAAAAACUAGGGAUUCCUCAAUAUUUUUAUCUUAUUUCCUUAGUAUUUGGAAAAAGGGCGCCAUGUCAUUUCGAAGCUAUUGUAAUUAUAGGGACAUUUUGAUGAAACUGUGGAGUUAAUUAUAGGAUUACUGAUCCUUGACUUUUACUCCUAAAUGAAAUAAGGAUGAUGGAAUGGUGUAGAAUUUUCUUAUGCAGUCAAUAUAAUGUCAUCAUGAAAAAAAUACAUAGUUUAAAAACUACCAGUUGUGAUUAUUUUCAAUUUAAAAACACAUACAGAGGCAGUACAAAGAACAUAAGUUAACCAUAUACUGCUUUAAAUCACAGGUGUACCAAAUUAUUUCGUGUCUCAAAAUAUAAAUCAACUAAUGGAAGUCACAGAUGUCAAUGAUGAGUACAAUUUAGGAAUUCAUCUAAGUUUUGACAUUAGCUUUUCAAGAAUAACCAUGUUAAUAUUUGCCACUUUAUGUAAUAAAAAUAUAUUAUUGGGAUCACUUCUGUAAUAAUUGUUGCUAUUCUCAUUUAAAAGUUUGUGUUUAGUAGAACAGUAAUACUGGUCAAUUGCUUGUAUGAUUCUGUGUACUUCAAUAUUGCAUUUCUGUAGACAAUGUAUUCUUCUAUUCAUAGUAAUAGCGUGUUAGUUUUAAGUAAUGUCUUGUUAAUCGUCUCUCAACUUCCACUUAAUCGUUUAUAUAAAUAAACCUUGUGAUAAUUUCUUUUCAUGCAGCCAACUAAUCUUGUCACCCUGUGAAUUUCCUUUCCUGUGUUGCAUAUUCUUAAAGCAAAGUGUACCGCAGUACAUGGAAUGAAUUAUUCUAAGCUGGGGCACGUAUCAAUCACAAUGCCUAAUACUUUUAUAAAGCAUUUUAAAAAAACAAUCCUUUUAGUUUUUAAAAUAUUAACAUCAAUUCAUUAAAAGUUAAAUAGAACCACAGGAAGUCAGCUGUGAAUGAGAACAGCUGAGAAGUGGGAGAGAGGAGAGGAGUGAUUGCGUACCUAGAAAAUAAUUGCAGUGCAAAUAAAUGUAUAAUUUUAUGGAUGUUGGUCAAAGGCGAUAUUUGACAAGUAUUGGGAUGUUUUAGCAGAAGACAUGUCCCUAACACUGGUGUUCUUCUACUCUGAGCAAAUGGAUCUUUGCGAGUGGUGUGAGAAUCCCUUUAUAGAUUUUUGUCGGAGAGGGCAAAUGCGGCCAUUGUUGGGUGAGGGAAAGAGCAAUGGAAGGGUUUUAGAAGACCUGCUAGUAGGUCGUGCUGCUGCACUUGUAGCAUAAUGCACUAUUUCUGAUGACGCACCGGUCACAUGAUGAUCUUACA